AUGGAGUUCGCCGAGUACAUUGUACCCAAUCCGAUCGUGGCGCGGGAGCAAGAAUCACUCGAUAACAUCAAACAGUACUACGUCAAGUGCCGCAACCAGGACGAGAAAUUGUGUGAUUACCGUCGGACAAGCGAUCAUUUUCUGUCGUAUGAUGUACGCAAAACGGCCGGUUGGUUGACCGGCAGGACGUCCCAGGAUGGUCACUCGGUAGCGGUACUGUCCGGUGAUCUAACGGUGGAACAACGGUUGGACGCUCUGGAUCGAUUCCGAAAUGGACUAGAGAAGGUACAGAUAAUAACGAACGUUUUGUCCAGGGGUAUCGACGUCGAACAGGUGACCAUUGUCGUCAACUUCGACCUGCCGAUGGAUCAGCAGGGACGAGCCGAUUGCGAAACGUAUCUACAUCGAAUUAGACGUACCGGUAGAUUCGAACGGAAUCACCAUCAACCUAGUGGACAGUGA